AUGCCCUUUGGUGCCACUUCCACAAGCUUGAUCAAGGCUAUUCAAGAGGUUUUUCCAACCCCAGGUUACGAUGAUGGGUCUCUUGCACCCAUCAUACUCCGGUUAGCAUGGCAUUGCUGUGCAACGUACGACAUUUCUACUGGCAAUGGAGGAUCUAAUGGAGCUACCAUGAGAUUUGUUCCGGAGAUCACCGAUGAAGGCAAUACUGGACUAGACAUAUCCCGUGCUGCCCUUGAACCCGUGAAACAGAAAUUCCCUCGGAUCAGCUAUUCUGACCUCUGGACAUUAGCGGGUAAAGUAGCCAUAGAGUCCAUGGGAGGACCGGAGAUUCCAUGGACUGCAGGUCGUGUUGACUGUAGAGAUGACCGACAUGUUCCCAGUAAUGGGCAUCUACCUUUUGCAGAUAAAGAUGCCGGCCAUAUUAGAAGUACUUUUCAGCGAAUGGGAUUCGGAGACCAGGAGGCUGUUAUUUUACUCGGAGCACAUAGCUUAGGUAGAUGUCAUAAAAGGUUUAGCGGAUGGGAAGGAAAGUGGACGACAAACCCUAUCCAAUUCUCCAACGACUUCUACAAGGUCUUGGUGAAUGAGAAUUGGCAGAAGGGUACUGUACCAGAGACUGGUAGGGAGCAAUACUUCAAUGAAGAUAAAAGUCUCAUGAUGCUCAACACUGAUAUGGAGCUUCUUCGGGACCCCGAGUACCUCCGCUGGGUUAUCGUGUAUAGUAGAGACGAGCAAGCAUAUUUCAGAGAUUUUGCAGCUACAUUCGGCAAGCUCUUGGAAUUAGGAAUACUGAGGGAUAUCAACGGCCAAGUUCUUCCUAAAGCUGAGUUCUUCUAUAAUGAGAAAUAGAAUAUAUCAAAUGUAUACCUGAAAUAUCAAUUACCUUUUGGUAGCACCUAUGUGUACCUUUGAAUCUAUUAUCUCUAUCGUCGCCUUUCCAUUCAGCUUGCUUCCCAUCCUGGGUUCUAGCAAUCAGCAAAAUCUACCAUGAAGUAGUCUCUAAUUAUCUGUUUCGUUGUACCAUGACAGCUCAUAACCUUGUCCCACGCUUGAUCUAUUUUGUGAUCGAUGUCACCAAAUCGAUAUCCAGUUUGCAAGACACCUAACUAAAUUCUAUAUGAUGUACAAUAUCCUAUGUUGUUAUAAAACUUUGUCAAACCUCUUUUCUAGUUGUAACACUGUAAAGCCCUCGUUAGUAGCCACAAAGCUAACACAAAAUAUAGUCUUAUUAAAAAGACUAAAAAUCAUCAGUACUCGUGGCUUCAUGUGUCUACAACUUUCUAAGGAUAUCACCUAAGAUUUAGGUCAAAUCGACUGGUGGUUUUAACCCUCUGAACUUCCGGUGUGGGUUAGAAGAAGAU